AUGGUUCCUUGUCGUGAAACUACGGGCAAGAUUAUAUAUGAUGAAGGUUUUACACGUGAAAUGCAAACAAUACCAAUAAUUUGUUUCAGAAAAGAUUUGGGGUGUGAAUGGACAGGAGAAUUAAAAAAUUAUGAGGAACAUUUACCUUUCUGUGAUACCGCACAUUCUCGUGAUGAAAAAUUUUCGGCAGAGCUGUUAAGAAAAAAGCAUGAAAAACAUUCAUGUCGAGAUUUAAAAACUGAACUGGGUCAGCAACCAAAUGUCUUAGGUAUCCAAAUUCAAGUAGAUUCACUAGGGCAGGACUCGUUUGCAGAAAUAAUUCAGCAUUUAGUGCAACGUCUCGAAACCGUUGAAAAUACUAACAAGGAUUUAGAUAAUAGAUUGUCACAAACAAUCGUAAUGGUUAAUGAGCGAAAUCAUGUCAUCGAUUGCCUACGCAGCGAAGUGUCCCUCUUAAAGUCUGCUUUAGAACACGUACAACAACAACAGGACAUACAAUCUUUUAACGAUCAAAAUCGACUGAUACCUGUCACUAAUGAAUUUCGAUGGCACAUAUCCGAUAUAUUUCAAAGAAUUUAUGAUGCACAACCUGAAAGACAACCCUUUGUUGAUUCACACUAUUUUCAGACAUCAAUAAAUGGUUAUAAAAUGUUUGUACGUGUUUAUUUGAAUGGUAAUGAUUCGGCUAGACAACAAUAUAUGUCAAUAUUUUUAAAAUUAUGUCCAAAUCAAUUUGAUUCAGAAUUACAAUGGCCGUUUUGUGCUGAUAUUACGUUUUGUUUAAUUGAUCAAUUAGGUCAAAAUCAUAUUACACAAAUAUUUAGGUGUAGUAUUCCUCGAGGAACAUCGAUGGGCAAAGGCAUACGUAAAUUUUAUCAAUUAAAUAUUAUCCAUAGAGAAAAUAAUCCAUAUGUACACAAUGAUACGAUGAAAAUUCAUAUUCGAGUUCAAAAUGUUACAUUUGACGCUCUAUCUCAUAUUCAUCAAGCUAUUCGUUCUAUGGAGAAAAGAGUGCAACAAGAUGAUGAACAACAACACUCGUUAGUUCUAAAUGAAGUUGAUGAUGACGGCAUCGAUAAUUUGAUUUCAGCAUAA